AGGCAUGCGCAGGGUAUGAAUAUUCAUUCUAGGACCAGUUCGAUUCGUUUGUGGAAAAAACCGGAUGUAGAGGUAGAUGAAGACAUUGCUAUGGAUACAUCAGAACAUCCAUUGCCCAAGUCAGAAAUAGGGCAUAUGGAUGAAAACUGUACAGGAACUGUAAUGGAGAACAUCAGCUCAAAACCUGAAGCUGACCUUGAUAUGCAAGUUGGUUCUCCUCCUGAUCCUGAAGAUGCACCACCCUCAUCUCCAUGUGGAAUCAAUGAAGAUGGUUUGCUUGACAGCUCAGCAAGUAGUCGAGCUAGUUCUGAUCGUGGAACUCCCAAUAAGCAAGGGAUGAAAACCCCAAGUGGAGGAGGGAUAGGUGGAGGGGCGGGGAUGGCUGAUAACCUGAGUACUUGUUCUACCGGUUCAUCUUCUUCCCAAACCCAGGUCCAGGGAUCUGUUCGGGGAAAAUGUCCUAACAGACCAGGAAUCAUUUGGAGGAAAGGAGAGAAAGUUGAAGCAAUGGAUUUCAUGAAAAAAUGGUAUUCAGCCAAGAUAGUGGACAUUGAUGACGACGAAGGGACAGUACUGAUCCACUUUGAAGGAUGGAACCAGCGUUAUGAUGAAUGGGUGGAAAUGGGCAGUGAUAAACUUCGCCCAAAAAUGAGACAUUCUGGAAGGAAGGAGAAAAAGAAAGAGUAUAAGUUGGGAGAACAUGUUUACGCGCGAUGGACUGAUUGUAAAAUGUACCCAGGCAAAGUUACAACUGUACAAGGUGAUGGAUCUUAUGAGGUUAUGUUCUAUGAUGGAUUUAAAAAGACUGUCCAGCCGAUGAACAUCCGACCGCGGUCUGUGGAUAGUAAACAGAAAACAGAGAUUAUCAAUGUUUUACCAAAAGAACAACGGCGGAAAUCUAAUGAAGAAGAAGUCCUGGGGGUCCUACCAACUCCUACUAUGCUGAGUGAAGAGUCAGAGAUUGAGGACAAUGUUGGAAGGCGGAGGUCAUUUCAACUCAGGUCAAAGGUCAACCCAGAACCUGGAAUCACAGAGGAAAAGCCGCAGCAGAAAGAGAGCACAAAACAGACACCAAGGAAAAGACCUUCAGCAGAGGGCACAAAAAAGAAAAGGAGAGAGACGACAGAUGGUCAGCCCGGAAAACGAAACAAAGAGACGGGCAUUGUACGGAAACGCAGUGCCAGUACCACUGUAUCUAAGAAGAAGUUGAUCGUAGCAGGGUCAUUUUUUGCACGAAGAGAACGUUCCGACUCGGACUCUGUAAGUGUGAAGUCUUCAUCUGGUGGAGCAGGCUCACCUUACACUGGGGAGACUGCUGAUAGGACUCCACUAAAGGUCAGGGGUCGAAGUCAAGCCUCUGAUCCCACCUGUGACCAAACCAGCUACCCUAGUGUGGUAGGUCCGGAACCUGCGCCUGUCCCGGCCUCUCCAACAACUACAUCAUCAGCAUCUCACUCUCUGCCUGGCACUCCAAAGCAGCCCCUCCCACAGAAACCAGAUCCUACAUCUGUGGUCAGUGUUAACGUUGAUGUCGUUCCUGGCCCAGCAGUUGUCGUCAAACGUGAGAAAAAGGCCAAGAAGCGCACAGCCUCCCCAUCUAUAUCGGAGACCAGCAGCACUAGUGAGUCACAGACUGAGGUCAUCGAGGGAACGCCGGUCAGGAAACGAAGCCGCUCCAAGGAAAAGGAGAAAGUAGCACCUGUUCCUGUGAGCCAGCUGUCUCCGAGUAUAUCUCCUGCUUCACAGCCUCAGUCUCAAGGGGCUGUCCCUCCUGUUGUCACUGGAGUACCCAAGAAAGCCUUCAUCAUAGAACAGGACCAUAAUCAUUUCAAGUGUGUGUUUGAAGGUUGUAACAAGGCUUUCCGUAAGGAGAAUCUUCUAGACAGUCACAUCAAAUAUUAUCAUUGUGAUGGCACCAAGAAGCCAACUUUGCCUCAACCUGCACGCAAACGUCGCAAGACUACCAGUAUCUGUUCCACAGAUUCAGAUGUCUCCUCUUCCUCCAAACAGACAACACCAGUCAGUAAAACACACCCGCUGGACAGUGGAGCCCUGCCUUCAACACCCGAUGUCCAAGACUGUGUCACUGUGGAUAUUGUGGAAGAUGAUAUUGAUGUCAAAACAGUCGACCUCAAACACCAGAGAACCUGUAGCCAGGAUACCACGGCAACCGAGGAGUCCAUAGAGACGGAGGAUGAGCUUAGCAAGGACGAGGUGGUCAACUGUAUCUGUUUGUUUAAUGAGGAAAAUGGACUCAUGAUCCAGUGUGAUGUUUGUCUGUGCUGGCAGCAUGCUGUCUGUUUUGACCUGACCGUUGAGACCUUACCUAAGAAAUACAUCUGUUUUGUGUGCUCAGACCCGACAGGUGUGAGAGAAAGCUGUAGAUACAUUCAUGAACAAGAUUGGAUCAAACAUGGAAUUCUGACCAAGUUUGGAUUUCUGAACUAUCAAGAGCGUGAUAUUCGGAGAACAGGGACCAUCCAGGCGACCUGUGGUCUGGUAUCCGAUAUCCACAACAUUAACACAGUGCUACACAGUCUCAAGGAGGAAAUCAAACUGUCCAGAGAUCCUAGUCAUCCGCGGCUCAAGAUGUGGAUCACAGAUCUGGACAGUGAGGAAUUAUGUCCUGAGGACACAGGACAUGGCAGCUUCAACCAAUCAAUUGUGACAGAUAGUGAUAUGAACCAGUCAGACACAGCAUUGCAUUCCAAAGUAGACCAGUCAAAAUCACAUUCAGAGUCUGUAGUAUCACAAAAAGACCAAUCACUGCCAGGAUUACGUAGUGAAACUCAUUCCACCCUCAACCACAGUACUCCAACAGAACUGAGCUGUAGUGCUGGCCUCGUUCUUAAGACUGAACCUGUAGACAUUUCUGAGAUUUCAAGUGAAAGUGCUUUAACAUUUCAACACAGAGAAAGUAUCCCUGAUGUGGUCUCUGAGACAAAUACUGGUGGGGAUAAAGACAGUCUGACAGUAGCUACAGAAAGUGAGUCAACUGAGAAGGAAAUAAGUCCCACAACAGUUACUUUGUCCACGAGCCGAUCUACAGUUUCCCAGCCCACAGAAAGUCAGUCUACAUCACAUGAUUCCAUAUCAAGUCAAUCCACAGUGAGUCAGUCUACUGCAAGUCACUCCACAGCGAGUCAGUCCCUAGAAACCAGUACAACAGGGAGUCAAUCGACAGCGAGUCGGUCCCUAUUGACUGGUACAUCAGGGAGUCAAUCAACAGCGAGUCAGUCCCUUGAAACCAGUACAACAGGGAGUCAAUCGACAGCGAAUCAGUCCCUAUUGACUGGUACAACAGGGAGUCAAUCAACAGCGAGUCAGGCCCUAGAAACCAGUACAACAGGAAGUCAAUUGACAGACAGAGAGACAUUAGAUAGGAAACCAGAGUUAACUGGGCAGGCAGUGAAGCUACCAGUGAAGGAAGAACCUGUGAAUGAAUUUCAGGUGGAGCAGGAGGACCCAUUCCAACAGUGUGAGAACAACCUCCUUCAACACAUUUUCAGAGUUCAAGGUCAAAUUGACUUGCGACUUGACAUGAUUGAGGAACAAGUCUCAGCUCUGGAGGCUGCAGAGACAGGAAGAGGAGAUAACUCCUGCACAACCGUACAGAACACACUAACUGAACUACCCACACUCAAGAAGUCUUUUCACAUGUUACAGAGUGACCUUGUCAAGGUCAAGCGUAUGUCGGCCUACCAUAGAUAGCAGGACCCAGCAAUGGGUUUAAUAUCUCUAACUGGUCAGUGGACCAUGUAAUAUUUCGCAGGUUGCUACCGAGUAACUGUGACUGUGACCGUGACAGGCCAAUCGACCAGGUAAUGUGUUACAGCUGGUAUAACUUACGGCCUUGAUGUGAUCGAUUAUGACUUUCAGUAAGAGGCUAAUAGGUCAUUUAAAGCCAAGGAUUGACAUAUUAAAGAGAAUGUGAAGCUCUGGUGCUGUCAAAUCAUGCUUAACAAUUCACAGGAAUCAGUGAAGACAAUGAAAGUGUUGAUUGUUGUUGAACAUCAUUAAAUUUAAAUUAUACAAGU